UUUUUUCCCAUUAGCAUUUGACGGAAGGCAGACAGAUGCAUGUGAAACUCUCAAUUCAUAUACGUCCCCACACUUUUCUAGAACACAGGUUUCAUAUAUCCUUUCUUAUUGAUCUAUUUAUAAGGACCCAAAACAGAACACAUCUUCAUAACCAUCAAUAAUAAGCAAUCUAAGAACUCUAAGAUUCAAACAUCAAGACUUUCUAGACAAAAAUGGCUAUGGUGAGAAGUCUCUUUGUUGAAAAGAAGAUAUUUGGAGGCUCCUUAGCAGGAACGAGGAAAACAACUUCAGCACCAAAAGGGUUUCUUGCAGUGUACGUAGGAGAGUGCCAGAAGAAGCAGAGAUACUUAGUGCCAGUCUCAUACUUGAGCCAGCCAUUGUUUCAAGCUCUUCUCAGUAAAUCCGAGGAAGAGUUCGGAUAUGAUCAUCCGAUGGGUGGUUUGACGAUCCCUUGUCUUGAAGAUACUUUCCUUACAGUAACUUCUCGGAUCCAAGGAUAAUGAUUGAUCAUCCGAAGAUACACUUUAUUUUUUACUGUAGAUAGAUGACAAUUUUUUCUUUCAAUUUUGAUCAUGAGGAUAGAACUUCCAAUGUAAAUACCAGUUCUUCUUUGUGUAUUGUGACAAUGAACGAUGGAAUCAAACAAAUUCCGGAUAUUGUUUUUUCCUUUUUCUUAAGGCAAUUUCUAGUUUUACCCUCGCGGAGGUGAUUCAAUGUU